AUGCCAACACGCUCAAAAAGAGCAUCACCACCAAAUAUCAAGAAGCCCAACCCAACAUGCAAACAACACAACCCCAUUCCCGCAAAAUGGCUCUCCUUAAUGGCCCCCCAGCCGAACAUCAUCCUCCCCGAGCCCCGAAUCAACCGUGUCCCACGCCCUCGGCUUCCUCAACUCCUUACGGCUCAAAUGCCCCGGAUACACAACCCCGUACACCGCCAUGGUGCCAAACAUCAAGGCCGCAUCAAAAACAUACAGCGUCCACUCAUGCUUCAGCAAAUAGCCCUCCUUGCCCAUGAUGUACUCCACGACCCUAAACACCGACCGCACCAGAAUCAGCGCGCUCGUCGCGUACAGCAUCAUCAUGAUCCUGACCCAGCCCGAGCUGGCGUCCAUGCUCGCCGCCGACGGCCACCUCCUCAUCCGGACGUGAAAAAUCACAGCCGUCAUGGCAAACAGCCCAAACAUGAUGAUUUGCACAAACAGCCCGCCGAGGAUGAUGUUCUGUCCCGUCUUGGGGUCAAAGUUCUCGCCCGCCAUCAUCCCCCCUCCCGACGACUGCACCAUGAACGACAAGACGUCGCCCAGCACAAAGGCCUUGGUGAGCCAGCGGAUGGGGAUGAUGGAGUGGCGCUCGCCGUGGACGCUGCGCAUGAGCCGCCCGAGCGUCAUGUAGAUGGAGGCGGCGAAGAGCGCGGGCGCAACGAGGAUGAGCACCGACUGCAUCAGGUACGGGCCGAGUUGGUCGGUGUUGUCGCGCGCGUACGCCCGGGCCGCGUAGCCUAG